UAUAGCCUACGUGCAGAACUCUUACAAGAAAAUGAUGAUGUUACAGAAGCCUCUUGAUGCUACAGUAUUUAUGUGAUGUUGUGUAACAAUGAAGUUGAUACCUGUGGAAUAUGGGCAGCGUGGUAGCAUCUUACGUAGAUGAGAAAGAGAUGAGGGGAUCAUGUGGCCUCAUUGCUCCAAAACCCAUAUUUUGUGCUUCUUUCUGGCACUGUUGGUUAUUUUGGCAUUUGUCCACAACUUUUAUCAACUAGAGAAUCUCAAUACCACAGGUUUAAAGUGGUUGGUACAAGAGAAUGAAUCACAACCCUCAUUGCCUACAACUAGAACACGCAGAAAGCUGUACUGUGGUUAUGAGCAUCAGGUUUUGUCCAAGAUUGAACAAGAGGAAGAAGAAUCUUUAUUUGUUGCUCUACAGUGGCCCAAACCUCCUGAGAACAAAGUCCCCUUUGUAAGGAGUACUGACCCUUUACAUAGCAACUUUAUGAUACUAAAUAAUCAUGCAAAUUUCAAUGUUGGUGAUCAGCUGGAGGUGCUUGUCCAUAUGAAGGAUUAUGAAGGAAACUCAAAGCAAUAUGGUGGCGACUACCUUCAGUCAAGAAUUCAUUCUGCAGAUCUGAGAGCAGGAGCCAUUGGAAGAACUGUAGAUUAUCAGAAUGGAUCAUACAGAAUUGUUUUCACUUUACUUUGGCCAGGGGAGGUCACAGUAUCUGUGUCCUUGGUUCAUCCUAGUGAAGGAAUCCAACUCCUUCAACGUUUACAGGAAGAAAACCCAGACAGGGCCUAUUUUAAAAGCUUAUUCAAAUCAGGAAGGAUUUCAGAAGUUACUAUAUGCAAUGUGUGUUUGCCUGGAGACAUGCCAGUCUGUAACUUUACAGAUAGCUAUACUGGAGAACCAUGGUUUUGUUAUAAGCCAAGAAGACUCUCCUGUGCUACUAGAAUCAACCAUUUUAAAGGGGGAUAUAAAAAAGGCCUUUUAACUUCAGAAGAGAGUAACUUUUUUCAAAGUGGUGUAAAUAUAAAAAUGCCAAUACCUUCCGUCGGGCCUGAUACCGUGAUUGUAAGACCUUUGGGGCAUGCAGAAAUGGACAGUCUAGAAAGAUCUCACAGCUCUGAUGUAUUUCCUUCUGGUUAUUAUUAUCAAGAUGAAUGGCAACAAAGGACUCAGUUGAUUCGACAUUUUAAUAAGUCAUCAGAUAUUACUGAAUGUUUACAGGGAAAAUUUAUUUACUUGUUUGGAGACUCUACAAUCAGACAGUGGUUUGAAUAUCUGACAGCAUUUGUUCCAGAUCUUGUGGAAAUAAACCUGGGAAGUCCUAAGAAAGUUGGUCCUCUCAUGGCUGUGGACUUAAGGCAUAACAUCUUACUAAAUUUUCGUUGCCAUGGCCCUCCCAUUCGUUUUUUCACAGUUUUUAGCAGUGAGCUGCAUUAUAUUGCCAAUGAAUUGAAUCGUAUUGUUGGUGGGAAGAACACUGUGAUAGCCAUAACUAUUUGGUCUCACCUUAGCACUUUUCCUAUAGAAGUGUACAUCAGGAGAUUGAGAAAUAUUCGCAGGGCAGUUGUUCGGCUAUUGGAUAGGAGCCCAAAAACUUAUAUAAUUAUCAAAACUGCCAAUGUUCAAGAACUUGACCCAGAAGUUAGCCUUUUCAACAGUGACUGGUAUUCCUAUCAGCUUGACACAAUAAUGAGGAAGAUGUUCUCAGGAAUUGGGGUGUACUUUGUGGAUGCUUGGGAGAUGUCACUGGCUCACCAUUUGCCACAUAAAUUACAUCCACAAGAUGUUAUUGUCAAAAAUCAGUUAGAUGCUUUCUUGUCUUUUAUAUGCCCACUGGAAACACAUUACAGUUUCUUAACUGGUAUACAUAAUCAAAUAUGGUCUAUAUUGGUAUAAUUCAGCAUUCUGCACUUGUAAAUGAAACAUUGCUGAUUUAUUGUCAUAAUUUGCAUCUCAUCUAAUCAACUUGCACAAUAGCAUGCACAUUUAUAUUUUUUGGUGGCAGGGAUAUUUCUGUAUGUGUAUUACGUUUCCACACACACACACAACCCUACCUUUUUAUAAUGCAUGUAUUUGUGUAUUCAGUUUCUACGCCUCACUUAUACAAAGUAUUUUUUUUUUUACUAGGGCUAAGCACACCUCAGAUAUUAUUGAGAAAAAGUGCUUUGGAACUUAGGUGAACACAGACCCUCUUCUGUGUUCAUUAAAACAGCCAUGUCUGCCAUGCCAGAAAAAUAGUGUUAAUUAAUCACCUCAAGAAUAAAAGGGAACUUUCUGUUUUUCGUAUAGGCCUCAGUUUCUUGUCUGAUUACUAAAGAGGUAGAGCUAGAACAAAAACAAAAAAUAACGGGCAUUCUCUUAAAGGUUUUGGAAGAAUUUUGGUAAGGACCAGAUGCAAUAAAGGCAGACAUUAAAGUUAUUUUUUCAUCACUGUUGUAACUGUGAAUAGUCUCUAUGCAAGACAAUCACUAAAGGAGGACUACCUGUAUUAAAAUCACAACAAAAAAUUGUGACAAACAAUAAUGGCAUCCAAAGAUUAAGAAACACUGCAAUAUUUGUCCAAUACUUUUACCUUUAAAGUUAACUUUAAUCCUUUGCAUAAGCUGUUUACAUGCUUCUUUCUUUGAGGGUGGGACUUAUUGGCCAUUGUUUCUGUGUAAGAUUUCAUAAGUAGGAACCUUAUCAGCCAAAAAGGAGCAAUCAUAUUUGACCCAUGCUAUAUUGUAUUGUUCUUGAUCCUAAUUUUCAUACCAAAAAAUAAAUAAUGCUCUCAAAAAUAUGGGAAUUAAUUUUUGUUCCUCAUUUUAAAUACUCUAAAAAUUCCAGAUAUCCAAUUCGUGAUUGUUUAUUUUCAAGUCAGAGGAGUGCUAAAGAUCCUCAUAAAUCAGACUAAAGCUUUCAUAUUGCAAUGUGAAGGGCAGUCCUCAAUU